AUGCCUCGUGCUGUCCUCACGGAUGCUGAGGGCACUAGGGCCUUGGAAGCGGCAGGCACGGACCUCAAGUAUCUGCUGUCAAGGCACGAGGUGAGCAUUGACAACCAGAAGUUAUUUUUCCAUCAUGGUGUUACAACACUGGAGAAGCUGUCGAAUUUUGCGAAGGAUCGUGAGGAUCUUACAGCAGUGUUGAAAGAACAUUGGGAGUUGGACUCGGAGAGGACACUGGAUGAGAGAGUUCAGGUGGCUGCCAUAGUGUGCGCAUUCAGCAAUGCAAAGACGAGGAGCCAGCGAGCGGCAGAAGUUGAUGCCGAGUACGACUCACUCCAGUGGUCACGCCCGGUGGUGGCAGGGGAAUGGGCAGCUAUGCGCUCAGCAUUGGAGAAGCGCUACGGCUACCUGGAGGACAAGAUAUACCCUGCGAAAGAAUAUGUUGAGAAGAAGUUGGCAGAGGUUGAAAGCGGUGAAUACCGUGCCGAGGAGCUCACGGAGAUCGUGUCAAAAGAAGAAAGCGAGCCGGAGACUGUGGUGCCCAUCUGGGACUCCAAGGGCCGAUUGGCCAUGAAGAAAGGCUCGACGAAAGUACAGGAACCGGCGAACGCCGAAGAACUUCGAAAGAGAUUGACAGUUUGGAAGAACGCCAUGGUCAUGAUAUCACUGAAGCACUCCAACAGGCAUGAGCUGCAAGGCACAUGGGAGGAGACCGUGGAGCAGUACAAGGACUACCUGUUGGGGGAUUAUGUGUAUGGACUCUGUGCGAAGGAUGCAGAGGGUCAGACGUUUGCUGCACCACCCUGGAAGCUGAUCAUCGCCUACGAGAAAGCCUUGAAGCGCCAAUUUGCUUGCAGUCAACGGGUGGGCUUGAUGGAACAACCAGAGGAUUUGGGGCGCACCUCAAAUGAUAGAAUACCUGGACAUCAGCCAGCAUCCAUGUGGCAAUUCGUUCAAUUCGAACAACUCCUGGCAAUGCAGGGAGUCAAAACAGUGGUCUUCGCACAGCAGGACUUUGGCACUUCAUCGCCCAAGCCCACAAGGUUUCUGAUGCGGCUAUUUGCACCAUUGCAUCCAGCCAUGCAUGAAGGGCCACCACAGUUUGAUGGCAAUGGUUGGUAUUUGGGGCCACUUCCUCGCCGUUCAGGGGGCGCCCCUCUGAUCGGCAAGCAUCAGGGUGUUUUCAAGACGGCCAAAUCUGCAGCUUGGCCUCCGGCACUUUGCCGGUGGACUGCAUGGGCAUUGCUCACCUCCUUUUUGCAAGAGUGGUCUGGGGGGAGUGAGUUUUCGAAGAAGAGAAAGGCAGAGGACGACCUUGGUGCCCAGAAGAAAGCACAGAAGAAAGGGUCAGAGGGGGCGGUGCCCUAUGGACCCACCGGUAGCGGGGGGAGAAGGCCCUCCGCGCUGUUGCAGGUGGAAAGGGUUGGACGCCCCAUUUCACGAUGGAGGAGGACUGGCUUCACCAGGGAGGUGGCGCUCAGACAAGAGGAAGAGGUCGAGACGGAGGCUUUCAGGAUGGCAAAGGGAGGAGAGAGCUUUCGCUUGGUACGUGACGAGGCCUUCUUGAGGAAGAUUAGACAGGUGCUGGGGGAGAAGUUGGACAUCCCAGUGCAGUCGGAGCCGGAGGCGGGGCAGCCCUUUUUCCUAGACCUUCUGAAAAGGGUCCUGGAGAAAGCGGGGGAUCCAGAUUGGGAGUUCCUUGAGGAAGCCAAGACGGGGCUGCCCGUGGGAGUGCUAGGUGAUCUACCCCGCACGCCCAAGAUCUUUGAAGAGCAGUUGAGGUGGAAUCUUGAAGGAGAAGACUGGGGUGAAGCGGUCUGGCAGAAGAGCAACUAUGUUUCUGCUGAGGAGCAUGAAAGAUAUCUUGUAGAGCAUCUCGAGCAGGAGGUGUCUGAAGGCCUGAUGGUGAAGAUGUCAGAGGAAGAGUUCAUUAGGACUUUUGGGCACAAUCGUGCAGUGGCAGCACUCGCAGUGUUGGUGGAGGACGAGUUGACUGGCAAGAGACGGGUCAUCCACGAUGGCACGCACGGCGUCAAGGUGAAUCACCGAAUACGAUGCCGAGACAAAGUGCGGAUGCCGGGGCCGAGGGAGAAGCGUGCCCUCCUUGAGGAGUACGAGGAGGAACACUUGACAGUCCUGUCAUUGGUGGGUGACUUCGCCAAAGCCCACCGCCGAUUCAAGUAUCGGCGGGAGGAGCAGGGCUUCCUGGCUUGUAAGGCAGCUUCGAGAUCGGAGGUGGUCUACGUGAACCAAGUGGGCACCUUUGGGAUAGCUUCAACACCCUAUUGGUGGGCAAGGCUGAGUGCUGCGCUCAUGAGGGCAGUUUACUGGGUGUUAGGUCCGAGCUUUCCGAACGACAUGCUGCUGUACGCUGACGACUUGGAGGUGUUGACAGUGGGGCGUGUUGGGAGGAUUGGCGGAGUUCUGGCAUUUUCCUUCAUGGCCGCCCUGGGAGCGCCCUUCAAGUGGUCAAAGCAGAGGGGAGGUCUCAUCACAGAGUGGAUUGGUUUGACAACCGAUUACAAGCUCUAUGCAAUGGGUAUUUCCCAGAGGAGAUCGGCAUGGAUCGUUGAAUGGGUUGGUUCGUUGAGGGCAAGGAAGGAGGUCACAUACAGAGAGUUUGCUGCUGGCCUGGGGCGAUUGGGCUUCACUGCAUUGGCAUUACCAUGGGAGAAACUUCUCCUGGGCCCCCUGUAUGCCUGGUCGGCUGCCAUACAGUCGAACAAGGGCGCAAUGACUAUUCCAUGGGCAAUACAGUUCAUCCUUGACUGGAUUGCGCAGAGGCUGGGAUCAGAUGGCAGGCUGGAGCAAGUGAGGAGGCCCCGGGGCACCGCGAGGGCACCUUUGAGGAUUUGGACGGACGCCAAAGCCACGGAGAGCGAUGCCUGGAUUGGCGGAUGGCUGGAGGAGAGCCCAAGCAGCACUGAAUGCCGGUGGUUUUCCUUGAAGAUCACGGAAGUGAGUGCGCCCUGGCUUUAA